AGCGAUGUCAUCAUAUUCCCAAAAGUUUAUAGUUUAAAGUAGACAAACAGUCAUUAGCACCCUUUCUACUUUUUGCGUUACAAAAUUUGGGAGGCGCAUGGCAUGGUGGUGCUCGAUUUGGCCUCUGCAAGCCUCCGGAUGCGCCACGAUUACAUCACACCCUCCAUUUGCAGCCUCCGGAUCUUUAUUGUUUAAAGCAUAAAUUGGGUUUAGCAGCAAUGCGACCGAGUGUCGGAGGUGCCCCUCAUGAAUAGGCUACAUCUGUCGGUACAAAGUAUCUAUUCUAAGUUCAAGUCAUGACUGAAUAGCCUACAGAAGGCGACAUUUCAGAGUGACGUUCAAGCUUGAUCCGGAGAAGAUGGCAAGCAGCUCCGAAUGUAAGUGUGUUGAGUUUGCGGUAGUAGACAAGGAGGACAUCUUUUUUCAAGGUAAAGUGGUGCUUUAAAAGGUUGACUGAACUUUGUUUUUUUAUGUCCACACGUGUAAACUACCAAUUUAAAUUCUUAUUAUUUUAAAAUGUGAAUAAUGUUCAAAGCUUUGUCAGAGAUGUCACCCUCUGCUCCUUGUGUCUUUGUGUUUUCUUCAUGUUAUCUGUGUGGACUGAUUCCCUGUAAAGUUGAACACGACGAUUUAGAGUCGGAUGAUUUUCAAAAGGAGACUAGAAAAUGCUUCCAAAAAAUGAUCCAAAUCAAGAACAACCGAUUCCUGGUUGUAGAUGAAGACGUUCUCAAGUUUAAAGAGCGGAAUAAGGAGCAAUGCAAAGCAGAUGAUUGCCGGUUCAAUAUCCAACAAUAUAAAAACAAUGACAUUUCCAAGGCCAGUGGAAUUGCUGUUAUUCUCUCUGUGACAUCACCUUGUAAGCAAACGUACAUGGUGUGCUGCAAGAAUGGGGACCAAAAAGGAGUUUCUGCUAAACCACUGGAGCAACCUUUGCCUGACCAAAUUGGCUGCUCAAAACAUGAGGCUGUGUUCUUCAUGGAAGUAAUUCCUGGUACAUCUCAGUACAGAUUUAAGUCAUCGCUGCGGACUAGUUCAUACUUGAGCUUUGAGGCUGGACCAGAUGCAGAGCUCAUAAAGUUAGUUCUCAGGGAGGUGCCUCAGGAUGUUGUGGAUGAGAACACUAUUAUGCGCUUACAGCCAUGUUGAGUUUAUGGUUCUUUUGUUAAGCCACUGUAAAUACUCAGUGUUUAUAGAAUAGAAGUUAUUGGUCCAGUUUAUAAAAUUGUUUUUUUGAAAUGCUUAAAUACCCAUUAUAGAGUAGUAGUAUACACUUAAGUUCGAUUGCUUAGUCAUUCUGAACAGUUACCAGACGCUGUUUCUACCUGUGCGUAGUCUACCGUCCUCUGUAUACGCUCUGUAUUAAACUGAUUUAAUACAUAAUCAAA